AUAAGUUCAGCUCGCUUUGAUAAUUCAUUACACUAAAUAAGCCUUCGAUAACCGCCUCGCGGCCGACAGCUGGAUAUCCUUGCAUUUGUUUAAACCGAUGUUAGAGGCGAUCAUGCAGGACGAAGAGAACUCCUCGGUGUCUCCGAUAGAGAGCCUGAGCAACAGCGAGGACGAGGGGGACAGGCAGCAGAAGAAAAGUGUCAGAAAGAGGCGACCGAGCAGGAAAUCUGGCGAGGAAACAGACAGCCCUGCGUCGGGGAAAAGAGGCAAGAAAACGGACGGUAGCCCUCAGUCCUUCGAAGAACUGCAGACCCAGAGGGUCAUGGCCAAUGUGAGGGAGCGCCAGAGGACACAGUCUCUAAACGAAGCCUUCUCUGCCCUGCGCAAAAUUAUUCCGACUCUCCCAUCGGAUAAACUGAGCAAAAUCCAGACCCUCAAACUCGCAGCGAGGUACAUCGAUUUUCUUUACCAGGUCUUACAAAGCGACGAGCUGGACAACAAAAUGUCGAGCUGCAGUUAUGUGGCACACGAGAGACUCAGUUACGCGUUCUCAGUGUGGAGGAUGGAAGGAGCCUGGUCCAUGUCCGCAUCACACUAGCAGUUCCCUUUAGGACAAAGGUGAGCGAGAUUUGUCACAAAGGGCCAACCGCUGGACAGACAACAGAGUUUGACGUCUGGAUACUUAAACACGUUGAUCCUUGCCGUUGAUGGAUAAUGAGAGAAGAGUAAAAAAAAACUAGUGGAAAGGACGUGGGGAGCACUUACAGAAAACGAGCCAUGGACGUGGACCCAUCCAAUCGUGCGGCUAUACAAUCAUUUGUACUUCUGAGGUGUAUUUUUGCCAUUCACAUCAUUUUAUCCUGACGAUGAAUGUUGUUGGAACUCAUUCCUUCCUUUACUAUGCAUGCCUUCAACAAUCAUGUCUAUAACUGCUAUUGAGGACGCAGGAAAGUUGAAUUAUUUUAUUUUUGUUUUCCAAAACUGAUAAAGUGAACAGCUCUAGAGUGACAAUGAGUUUAUAGAAAAUGGACCAAACUGUUAUGCAGUUGGUUAGUCUUUCCUUUCUUGAGAAACAUUUAUUUAUUUAUUGA